AUGACGUCUUUAAAAAGUUGUGUGAUCUCGUCCAUUGUGGUCUGGUUAAUUUGUAUCACACCAAUACAAACUUUAACCUUAGAGACAACUGAAAAUUUCAAUGAGGCUUUGAGACAAGACAGAAAACAAACAAUGUGUCCUACACAGUGCUAUUGUACUGAAGACAAAACCACGCAGCAAUUUAAUGUAGACUGCUCCAGCAGACAUCUACAGAAUAUUCCAGACUUACCUCCACAAACGACGAGGUUGGAUUUAAGCCUGAACAACAUCAACAACAUCCAGUCAUUUUUCUUCAGCAACCUUACGCAGCUGAGCUACUUGGACUUAUCGUUUAAUAAACUCUAUCACAUUUUUAAUAACACUUUUUAUGGUCUGCAUUCGUUAAAAUGGCUCUCCUUAAUGAAAAACAAUUUAAUUUAUUUAAAGUCAACAUUUGAAUUAGAUGCAUUUAACGGACUAGAUCAACUUGAAGUCUUACAUCUAGAAUGCAACAGUCCAAGUAAAGAUAAUGCAAUAUACCCAGAUCAAGCCAUUUCUAAAUUAAAAAAUCUUAGAGAAAUAAACAUUGACGGUUACCCUGUUCCUCUAGGACCUGGAUUUAGAAACUUAGAGAAAUUAGAGGGUAUAUUUUUAAGAACAUUAAUUUAUUGUUCAUAUUGCAAUAUGGGAUCGGCUAUGCCUGACAAUUUUUUCGAGAACAUCGUGUCACUUCGACCUAUGACGAUAGCGCUAUCAGUUUGCUAUAUGUCGUAUUUACCACCACGACUAUUCAGCCCUAUCAGAAAUCUCCAUAAUCUCGACAUUUCGAAAAAUCGUAUUACGUUCAAAGGUUUUAAAAAUGGAACCGAAUCUCUAAACGGCUCAAACAUAGAGUCUUUAAAUUUACAUGGAAUUGACAAAGACGGGAUCGAUUAUAACGUGAUAACGAGGCACAUGUUUAGACAUUUAAAAAACACCCCUCUCAAAUAUUUAGAUCUGUCGGCUAACAGAAUCUAUAGUGUACAUAUUUUUGCUUUUAAUGACUUGCCUCCGACUCUUGAAUAUUUAUCACUAAAGAAUAAUGUAUUAUCGAGGGCUUCUAUCCUUUUUGCAUUUUUAUCUUUGCGGCAAGUUAAAACUAUUGAUGCAAGUUUCCAAACUCAAUAUACAAUAAUGAAUGAGACUGAUCUAGAAAGAGAUAUAAAUCUUGGAUCUGUUUCUACUAAUAUCGCUAGUAAUGGAGAACAUUUUUGUGGGAAGUAUUCAUCGGAGUUUAUUAUCAAUAAUAAAAAUACGCUUGGGAUAAAUAUAACAACAACUAAAAUAAGACGCGUGAUUUACUGGGCUUUUCCACCAAAUCUAGAAGUUUUAAUUAGCGGGUCGAUGAAAGUUGAAUAUUCCAUCCCUGCCAUAACAAUUUUAAACAAUACAGUACUCAGAUACAUGGACUACUCAAACAACAUGGCCAGGUGCUGGGGAGGGCCCAUGAAUGGACUACCAGCUCUACAAUAUCUCGACUUAUCCGAGAAUUAUUGUACCAAAAUGAAUUUAAUAUUUUUCAAAUAUCUGACGAAUUUGACGACACUUCUUCUACAAGACAACCUUCUUGGUCCUAUUUUGGCCAAUGACACUUCAGGAAUAGCUUUCUCAACACUGACCAGAUUGGAGACAUUGAACAUCAGCGGCAACACUAUAACAUCUUUAUCUAGAAAUUUCUUUGAGAAUAACAUUAAUUUAAAAUAUUUAAAUCUCUCUGGAAACGAACUAACAGAUUUCGACAUAGAUAUAAUUACAGUUACCAAAAUUGAGUACCUGUCGUUUGUCCAUCUUCUAAUCACCGACCCAGACAUAUUUGAUAGUGUAGACUCCAUCAACUGUACCACAGCUGACGGCUCCAUCUUAUCACAUGACCAACUGGCAACAUUCUACCCUCAGUUAAUGAAGAGCUGUGUCUCACAGGAAAUUUUCAUUGGAACUCUCGUUACGUUUUUCAUCGUUCUCGGCACUGUCUUAUUGUCGGCCAUGUUUUACUAUAACCGAUGGAAAUUUGCGUACCUCUAUUUCAUUGGAUCAAAGAAACUUCACAUUGGCGACGUUCUUCUGACGUAUAAGCCAGUUGCGGAUGUUUUUAUAACCUAUGAACAGGAACCAGAAUAUCGUCACCUAGCGAGGAACGUCUUCUUUCCUCGGCUAAAUGAGAACCACGUCACAUUUAUAAACGGCGAGGACGACUUCCCAGCUGGCCCACAACAAAACAACAUCGCUGGCGCCAUUGCCGGUACAAGAAAGACACUCAUCCUACUCUCGCGAGAUAUCUUUGAAGACAGGAACCGGGAACUCGAGAUGAACCUGGCCAUCAUGCACGAAAUGAAUUGUUCUGAUAGGAUAAUCGUGCCUGUUUUUGUGUGUCACUUUCCCGUCAUCACCUGGCCAGUGGAGAUCGUGACCUACAUCAGAAACCAGAAUCACCGUUGUUUGUUGUAUGAGGACACGGAAGAGUUUUGGAAAAUGUUGAUAAAUCAAAUACGUCAGUGAUAUGGGGACCGCAGAAUUUCAUUGAGCGAGAUAUGUUUGUACACUUAACCUAUCAUCGAUGAACGUUUCUCAGUUGGUAAUAUUUAACUUUAAAACAUGCUUCUUUUUAUUAUCCCAACAUUUUUAUUUUCAUUAAGAUGUGCCCAUUCGUAUCUCCGAUGUAGGGAUACUACACUUUUAGAAAUUAUACAUUUGUAUAUCUAUAUAAACUCUCCACAUAAUUCUACAUGCAACCCUUUCUCAUUCCCUUAAUAACACCUCUAAUGUACCUCUCAACUAAAAAAAAGCAGCUGCUAAAAUGAUAAUGAUGAUGAUGAUUAGAUGUA